AUGGAAGUUAAUUCAGUGCAAAAUCUCUGUAAUUACUUAAUUACCUGUGCAAUUCGAAGAUGCCGCAUAUCUGAAGAUUUUUGCAGAUUAUCGAUUUCUGUGAAAUCUUCUCCUCAAUCCACUACGCCACUUCUUUGGAUCUCAGUGUCUGAUACGGGUGUUGGAAGCACCCUUGAGGAAUUUCUAGGAUUAAAAUUUGCCAACGAUCCCAUUGUGGCUGAUAAAUGGGAUGGAGUGAUUUGUGUUGCUACCACCAGCAUAUCUGAUAAAGAGAUACAUCACUUCAAAGUAAACCUGACAGAAACUGAUUCCUCAAGAAGGAUGACAAAACUACAUUCCGUAACAAAGAAUGGUGCAAAAUUCAGCGGAACUGAAGUAUCAUUAUGGAUAUCUGAAAAUAUUGAUGAUUUACUGAGAGAUAUAACUUUUUUUCUCCGUAAGAUGCUCGUGCUGAAAGCUCCUGUAAGUUCAUAUGAACUUUUUAGAUUCUCUAUGUUAAUUCUUCCCACAAUUCCUGCUUUGAAAAAUGUUCUUACCAGUGAUUUCUUUUUCUUGAAACUGCUCUGGUCACAGUGUGAAAGUCAUAUACUUCAACUUGCUUCCAGUUCUUUACCUUCAUCUGCACCAAAUAUUGACCAGCUGAAGUCUGGCUUUGAAGAAUAUGUUUCUAAGCAUGGUAAUAUACUGAAUGACGUUUGCCACCGUUGCUUCUCAACUGGCUCCAGGGAGUAUCUAAAAGUUGGCAGCGGAGUAGCAUGUAGCACUGGAAACCAACGAAGUAAUGGACAGGUGAUGGAAGUCGUGAUUAUUGUUAGUGAAAUACCAGAGACAACCCAAUCCUCCUGCUUCAGGGCCUAUGAUAAGAAAACAGAGAUCCUGUAUUUCAAGGACUACUCACCUUGUUCAAUUUCACAAUCAUCUCUUGAUGCAUUAACAAGCAUCAAAUGGAAAGAUUAUGGAUUAACUUUAAGGAGCAUUGCAGUUCAAGAUGGGUGCACAUUAUUAGAAUGGCAGAACUUGCCACCAUUUGCCCACAUUGACAUUGUCCUCCACAGUUACCACAAACAGGUCUUGAUACUGCCUUGCAAAGAAAGCAGCCAAGUUGAUCAAAGUCUUACCAGAAAAGCUGUCAAGCUUGCAUUGAAUGAACUGAAGGAAAAGAACGGAGGAGUUCUACUCAGUGAACGUGCACUUAAGAUUUGCAAUUAUGCACCCGAUCUUGCCAAAACAAUUGCUGGUCUGAUCUUGUCUUCACAUGACUUGAGUUUCAAAGGAGAGUGCAUUUCUCUUCUUGGAUUGCAGUUUCAAGAAAUCACAAGAAAUGUUGUCGAGGAUUGCAUCAAAGAGAAGAUAAUUUCUGCCAUAGGGUUAAAUGACAUUAAGCCUCAAAGAACCAGAGAAGCUGCAUCUUUUCUUUUUGACGAUGAAGUAAUCCAGGAACUAGAUACCCUAGACGAGGAAUAUGAAGAAUGUGAGGAAGCUUUUGGUUCUUGA